CUGCCCACGGAUCUGCCAGACCUUCAACUCCCGAGGGAUUCGGGGCCAAACCUGCAAAUCCCGAGGGAUCUGGGGGCAAAAUCCCACCCGGAGACAGGAGGCGAGAGAGGAAUUCCAGGGGAUUCCAGCCGGGAAUUGCAUCCGCCGAUGGACUCGACGGAUUCAGCCCCGGAAGUCCCAAUCCCGAUGGAUUUGGGGUCGGAAUUCCCUCCGGGGAUGAGGAAGGAGGGAGGAUUUACAGAGAAUUCCGGCCGGGAAUUGCAUCUCCCGAUGGAUUUGGGGUCGGAAUCCCGACCCGCCACGGAAGGGUCCGGAAGCCUCCUGCCCAAUCCCGGCCCGGGAUUCCCUCAGAAUUCCAGGAAUGCCGGGAACUGCCCCCGGAGGAGCAGCAGGAAAACCCAAAUCCUGCCGGAUUCCGGACAGGAAUCCCCGGAAGACACCGGAAAGACCCGGACUCCUCCGGCUGAAGGCUCCGGAAAGCCCCGAAUUCCCCCCAGUUCCAGGGGGGAAUCCCAAGAAAACCCCCGGAAACGCCCCAUUGUCCCGAACUGCGGCCGGGAAACCCCGGGAAACCCUGGGAAACGUCGGAUCCUGGCGGGAAACUCCGGAAAGGUCCAGAUCCCGACGGAAAAAAACUCCUGGAGACCCCAAAUCCCAACGAAUUCCGGCCGGGAACCCCCGGGAAACGCCGGGAGACCGACGGAAAACUCCGGAACCCCCCAGAUUGCGGCGGAAAAGGCCCCGAUUGUUGCGGGUUCCGGUCUGGAAUUCCGGGACCCCGGGCUGGAUUCCCAGGAUCCCGGGCUGGAAUUGCGGGAUCCCAGGCUGGAAUUCCCGGACCCCGGGCUGGAUUCCCGGGAUCCCGGGCGGGAGUCGCGGCUGCCGCAGCUCCGGGGGGUCCUGGCGCGGCUGCGGGUCCCGAUCCGAGCCCCCCCCGGGGGCCCCCCGGGGCUGUACCGGGACCGGGCGGGGGAGGGGCGGCACGUGGUGACCCUCCAGGCCACCGUGGACCCCCGGGGCUGCCUCUGGAACGUGGAGAUCCAACCCCCCGGCACCAAAUUCCGAGACUCCGCCCUUUUCCGCAGGCUCGGGGGGAGGGGGGGGGCGGGGCAGGGGUCAUCAAGG